AUGACUUCCUUUCAGGGCAGCUUUGGUGCGGGAGCUUCGGAAGGUGAUGCGGGCGCUCCCAGUGCCGCGGCCGGCCACAGUGGUGCUUCAGACGGCGGGGAAGACGAGGCGGGAGCAUUAGGCGGCGUCUCCGCAGGCGCUGCAAGGGCAGGCGAGGCCGCGUCGGAUGAAUUUCCGGCGGCGCGGGGGAACGACCCGCACUCGCUCUCCGCGACGGAAGCAACAGCAGCGGCAGGAGCGGAUGGUGGUCACUCGCGUUGUGCUGUCAGUGCAGCAGCAGACAGCAUGGGUGCUGUGAGCACUGUAGACGGUACUGACCGAGUGACAGGGGAGAGAGGGCAGGCUGGGAUGACAAGCGAGACAGUAGGGGCAGGGAAAAGGGCGGAGGCAGGUGGGACAGGGGACGGAAGAACAGACUGCGCUUCCGAAGCUGAAAAGGAGGCUCGGGAAAUGAGAGCCGCGGAUGCAGCGAUCAACGGCGAGGAUCAACCGCCGUUCCUGCCGGGCCUCCCGGACGACUUGGCGUGGGCCAUUCUUCUCCGCGUGCCUCGGAGCAACCUGCAGGUUCUUAAAGCCGUCUGCCGACGCUGGCACGACAGCCUCGGGUCCAGCCUCUACUUCCAGGCUCGGAAGAGACUCGGGCUUACCGAGCCUUGGCUGUAUGCGUCGAUCAGUGAUUGGCAGGGUCACAACGCGUGUGUGGCGUUCGAUCCCAGCAGCACCACGUGGCACACGCUGCCGCCCAUCCCAGGCGCGCAGCAGCGCUCCGUGCUCACUCUGCAGUUCGCGGCAGUGAAGGGGCGCCUGCUGGUGGCGGGCGUGGUGGAGAGAGAUGAUCCGCUCGACUCCGCCUCUGGGGUCUUCAUCUACCACCCCGCCCGGAACGAGUGGAAGAGGGCGGCAGCGAUGGGCACGGGGCGGUGGUUCUGCAUGUUUGGGGUGGUGGACGGGCGGCUGUACGUGGCGGGCGGCAUCGGCACGUCCAACAGCCUCGCGCUCGUGGGGUCCGUGGAGGCAUACGACGUGGAUGAAGACCGCUGGUGGCAGGUGGGAACAGCAGCGGCAUCAGCACGAGCGGAGCUGAUGACACUGCCGGGGUACCAGACAGUGGUGGGGGGGUGUCUCGUGGCGAAGAACAUCGGCUGGGGGCAACGCCUGGGCGUUGCUUUUAACCCGCGCAACAACACCGUCACCGAAUUGCCGCCCGCUAUGGUGCAGGGAUGGCAGGGGCCAACAGCAUCAGUGCAGGGCCACAUGUUUAUAGUUGACUUUGGGGACGAUCACAAGUUGAAGGCCUGGGACCCACACGUACACGCCUGGACGUGGGUUGGCAAGGUUCGGCUGCCAGCCAUGUCCCACAAGCCGUGGGCGGCACAGCUUGUCUGCUUCCUGGACCACAUUUGUCUUGUUCUGCCGGAUAGGGGGAGGGGACAAGGGGACGGAGCUGGUGCUAACAAAUGCAGUGCUGGGCUGUCAGGUGCUUGA